ACAUCCUACUAAAAAAUACAAAAGUUUGGGGUCAGCUCUAGAUCAUAUAAGUAAAGUAUAUAAUACUGAUUAUAAAAUUAUAAGCAAAGGCCAUCAAAAUGAGAUUGAAAUUGAGAAGGUUGAAAAUAAGGCAUCUAUCAAUUAUCAACAAAGGGCAAAGUUGGGUUAUGCUAUAGCAUAUGAAGUUAGUGAUUGUUAUCAAAGUGGAACUGCCAACGUUAAAUAUUAUGAAACCGGGAAUAAUAUGGGAAAAGUUGAGUAUAAGGAAUCAAAA